GCUGUCAAUCACCGCCAGGCCACGCCCCUCCCGUGCGUCUUACACAAACAGCAGCAGCUCGAGAGAGUAAAUAGAGAAAAGAUGGCGGAGUUCAUUCAGCUCAACAAACCCACCGAACCGAAACCAGCGUCCCAGAACCGGGAGCACCAUCAUCAUCCUCCACCGGCCAAAAAAAUCCGACAUGAAGAGAAAAUAUUUAAAGCCAAGAAGAUGAACGGAGGCACGGAGCAGCAGAAUUACAGCAGCAAACCGAAAAACAAGAAAACCAAAACAGAGAAAGACAGAGAGCGAGAGAAAGAGAAAGGCAAAGACAGAGAGAAAGAGAGGAAGAAACACAAACUGGCGGCUGAAAAUCACCUCAGUGUGAAGAAGGAGAACGGAGAGCUGAAGCUGUUGCAGAAAGAACACACCGUCAAAGACAAAGAGAAGCAGAGAGACAGAGACCGCGAGAAAAAGAGAGAGAAGGAGAUGAAGGAGAAAAGAAAACAUAAGCUGAUGACGGAGAUGAAGAGAGAGAAUGGAGAGGUGAAGAUCCAGCAGAAAGGUGACAGAGAGAAGCCGAAGAUCGACUCCGCUGAGGAUCUGCUGAUGAAAAAGGUCAAGAAGAAAAAGAAAAAGAAACACAAAGAAGAAUUCAAGCCGCCGCCGCCUCCAGUCCAGCAGGGCGGCGCUCUGAGCUCCGUCAGCAGCCUGAAGCAGGAGAACAGCUGUGGCCAGAGCGCGAACGCAGCAGACGGCGAGGCCAGAGCCGCUAAACUCCCCGGGCUGGAGCGGCUGGAGUUCGGCUGUCUGGUUCACGUGGAGCACCAGCCGAACGGAGGAGCUCUGGUGGCUCACGCCUACAGCAAGGAGCUCUCUGUCCUGUCUCCUGUGGAGAUGCAGAGGUUUGCGCAGGAGUUUGUGACGCUGGCGUUUUGCGAGGACCAGGAUGGAGCCGCUAACUACGUGAUGGGUGUGAUUCACGGCGCUGCCUCCUACCUCCCAGACUUCCUGGAGUACUUCUCUACUAAGUUCCCCAACUCACCCGUCAAAAUGGAGAUCCUGGGGAAGAAGGACAUCGAGACGACUAGUAUGGCAAACUUCCACACUCAGGUGAGGAGGAGUUACUCUCACGGGACGUACCGCGCCGGUGCUAUGAGGCAGAUCAGUCUGGUGGGUGCCGUGGACGAGGAGGUGGGCGAUUAUUUCCCAGAGUUCCUCAAUAUGCUGGAGAAGUCGCCUUUCCUGGAGCGGACGCUGCCGUGGGGGACGUUCUCCAGUCUGAAGCUGAAGAGCCCGACAGACAGUGACGAUGGGCCCAUCAUGUGGGUUAGGCCCGGAGAGCAGAUGAUCCCGGUCACGGACAUGCCAAAGUCUCCCUUCAAACGGAAACGGUAAUGCAGCAAACUUCACUCCUGUGUGUGUGUGUGUG